GGUUGGCCUGUCCAGAGCGGAGAUGGCGUGAGGAGGAAUGGGGGUGAUGACAUGAGUUCUUAUGUGUUGAGUCGAGUGAACUCUUGUGGUAUCCUGCAAAAUAUGGAGUCAUAUAAAAGAUGACACUUGGCCGACAUAGAUAAGAAAAAUAUACUUUGCAACAACCACACUCGGCACUGUUGCCUUGAGCCAACGCCACACAGCGGGUCGCAUCGCCGGAAGUUUUGUUUUUCUUCACGCAUGCGCGCAUCCAGCGCAGCUUGUCGGGAAAGGUAGUGACUCUGGAUGCUAUCUGCUGGAUGCUAGCUACAGUUUGUUUUGAAAUAUCGCACAAUUGUCCAUAAAGACAUGUCCAAAAGACAUCGUCUAGAUCUGGGCGAUGACCACUCCACCAGUAAGAAGCGAUCUGAUGGGCGAGACAGGGAUAGAGAUCGGGAGGAUCGCUCCAGGGACCGAGACCGGGACCGGGAUAGAGACCGGGAGAAGGACGUCAAGCCCCCAGGUGUCUCCUACAACUGUGUCCCUCUCGGAGCAGCUAUAGCACCCAUCAAACCCAGCCUAGCCAUGCACCAGCAAAUAAAUCCUUUCACCAACCUGCCACACACACCGCGCUACUAUGAGAUCCUUAAAAAAAGGUUACAACUGCCGGUGUGGGAUUAUAAGGAAAGCUUCAACGACAUCAUCACUCGUCAUCAAAGUUUUGUGCUUGUUGGCGAGACGGGGUCCGGCAAGACAACCCAGAUCCCCCAGUGGUGCGUGGACCUGGUGAAAGGUAUACCGGGGCCCAAGCGUGCGGUGGCCUGUACACAGCCCAGGAGGGUGGCUGCUAUGAGCGUGGCCCAGAGAGUGGCUGACGAGAUGGACAUCAUGCUGGGACAGGAGGUCGGCUACUCGAUCAGAUUUGAGGACUGCAGUUCGGCCAAAACAAUAUUGAAGUACAUGACAGACGGUAUGCUGCUCAGGGAGGCCAUGAACGACCCGCUGCUGGAGCGCUACGGCGUGAUCAUUCUGGACGAGGCCCACGAGCGGACCCUGGCCACGGACAUCCUGAUGGGGGUGCUGAAGGAGGUGGUGCGGCAGCGCUCGGACCUCAAGGUCAUCGUGAUGAGCGCCACGCUGGACGCCGGGAAGUUCCAGGUGUACUUCGACAGCUGCCCCCUGCUGACCAUCCCCGGGCGCACCCACCCCGUGGAGAUCUUCUACACCCCCGAGCCCGAGCGAGACUACCUGGAGGCGGCCAUCCGCACCGUCAUCCAGAUCCACAUGUGCGAGGAGGAGGAGGGUGACUGCCUCCUCUUCCUCACGGGGCAAGAGGAGAUCGACGAGGCGUGCAAGCGGAUCAAGCGCGAGGUGGACGACCUUGGGCCAGAGGUGGGGGACAUCAAGAUCAUCCCCCUGUACUCCACCCUGCCCCCGCAGCAGCAGCAGAGGAUCUUUGAGCCGCCGCCGCCCAGGAAGCCCGGCGGUGGAAUAGGGAGAAAGGUUGUGGUGUCGACCAACAUCGCAGAAACCUCCCUGACCAUCGACGGUGUCGUGUUUGUGAUCGACCCCGGCUUCGCCAAACAGAAGGUGUACAACCCUCGUAUCCGGGUGGAGUCGCUGCUCGUCACGGCCAUCAGCAAGGCCUCGGCCCAGCAGCGGGCGGGGCGCGCCGGUCGCACGCGGCCAGGGAAGUGCUUCCGCCUCUACACGGAGAAGGCCUACAAAACAGAGAUGCAGGACAACACGUACCCUGAGAUCCUGAGGUCCAACCUGGGCUCUGUGGUUCUGCAGCUCAAGAAGCUGGGCAUCGAUGACCUUGUGCACUUUGACUUCAUGGACCCGCCAGCCCCCGAGACGCUGAUGCGGGCCCUGGAGCUUCUCAACUACCUGGCGGCGCUCAACGAUGACGGAGACCUGACUGAGCUGGGCUCCAUGAUGGCGGAGUUCCCCCUGGACCCCCAGCUGGCCAAGCUGGUCAUCGCCAGCUGCGAGUUCAACUGCUCCAACGAGAUCCUGUCCAUCACCGCCAUGCUGUCAGUCCCGCAGUGCUUCGUACGACCCACCGAGGCCAAGAAGGCGGCCGACGAGUCCAAGAUGCGCUUCGCCCACAUCGACGGAGACCACCUGACCUUCCUCAAUGUCUACCACGCCUUCAAGCAGAACCAUGAGUCCAACCAGUGGUGCUACGACAACUUUGUCAACUACCGCUCGCUGGUGUCUGCGGACAACGUGCGGCAGCAGCUGUCGCGCAUCAUGGACCGCUUCAGCCUCCCGCGGCGCAGCACCGAGUUCACCAGCCGGGACUACUACAUCAACAUCCGCCGCUCUCUCUGCACCGGCUUCUUCAUGCAGGUGGCCCAUCUAGAGCGCACGGGUCAUUACCUCACCGUGAAGGACAACCAGGUGGUGCAGCUGCACCCCUCCACCGUCCUGGACCACAAGCCCGAGUGGGUGCUCUACAACGAGUUCGUCCUCACAACCAAGAAUUACAUCCGCACGUGUACAGACAUCAAACCAGAAUGGCUGGUGAAGAUUGCACCUCAAUACUAUGAAAUGGGUAACUUCCCCCAAUGUGAAGCCAAGAGACAGCUGGAGCGAAUCGUUGCCAAAUUAGAGACCAAGGAGUACACUCAGUACUGAACACCAGGCGACACGUCCCAGUUUUAGACCCUCCCCGUCUGUAUCAUGUAUCUUAAUCAUUUGAGUUGAUUCUGUUGUUUCAUUUUUACUACGGUUCAUUCUGUAAGUGUCGGAUAAAAUUUCCAACCCGGCGGAAAGAUUUUCAAAAGGAAUAUCAUGAACUCGUCACUUUGUUGUUCACUUUCCUGAAGGAAAUUGCAUAAAAUCUAAAGGCUGUAUAUUCGCCUUGUUUCUUUAAUAAAGGAGCUUUGACCUACUGUCUUUUCAUAUCUUCAAAUGAUUUCCCUCUAUAAAGGGCAAGAGGUUCUGAUUGAGUAUAACAAAGUGCUCAGUAGAGGGACAGCUUGACUCUGGACCGCCAUGUCUUCUUGUAUGUCGUGUUCUUUCUGUUGGAUGAUUUAUUCACUAACUUGAUCUGUCUAUGCGGUUACUCAGACUUCAGAUCCAUUUGGCUGACACUAUCAAGAAACUAUUGUAUUACAGUCCGACAAAGAUGUUUUGUGCAAAACCGAUGCUUGCAUCAAUUAUUUUGUUUGCAUAAACUGACGGAUUGCGCCAAAAUGGCCUUCUUGACCCGAUGCAGUUUGUGAUCAGGGCUUGUUUUAAACUGUCUGUCUGGAACAUUCUCCGUUCGGUUUAGCCAGUGAUUCCUUGUAACCCCUGACAUUAUUUAAAGCCAGUUCUAUCCAUUUCCCAGGGAAAUAGUCAAAUAUUAGCCACUAUCCCGCACACUGUAUCCGGGACCUUUAAGUUUGAACCCAAAAGUAUAGCAUACGUACAUGAAUAACCUCCCUGUCCCACGACCUCAUCUACAUACUGGCCAAGCACGGAUUUAAGCAAAUGCUUAAUAGAAAAUGGAACAUUUUGGGAGGUAAUCAAUAAUUUAUUUCUAUGGGGUUUAUGGGAUCAUGGUGACAUAAUAGAGACGUGCAUGAUUGGUGAAUUUUUUGGAAUAGUGUAUUUUUUCCCCCCAGUGUAUUAAGCUUCCAGUAAUUUCGUUAUUCGUUUUAGGCCUACAUAAAAAUGUAAACUUUACAAUAAGGG